AUGGCCGACAUAUAUGAUUGGGAUAAAAUACUUAGAGAAGACAAAUCAAGGAAAAAUACAAAAAACCCAUCAUUUUCUUCCACUCUUCUUGACGAAAUCUACCGUUCCAUUGACGGAAGCGACGAGAGUUUCGGUGAAUUUAAGCUACGCAAACAGAAAGCUGCAAAGAAACAGAGCGUCAAAAGCGGAGGCGGUGACACAGCCGGUGGUGGUCGCGGUAGAUUUAAGAGUACCAGUGCGGUGGAGGAUGAAGAAGUAGCAAGUUUCCGGCGAGCAUGUUUGGUUGAUAAAUGGAUGGAAAUGAAGGUUAAUGAGAAAGUCUCAAAAGGUGGUAGAAGGCCUACCUCAUUGCCGGAAUUUGAUCGGAAAAUCAUACUUGAUAAUGACCCAAUGUUCUUUAGUUCUGGUUCAAGUUCUUCCGAUUCAAGCUUUGGAUGGUAUUCAGAAGCCGAAGUGGCGAAACCUAAACCUUCUUGUUUCGGCCCCUUCAACAAGGUGAAAACCAGCAUUUCACCAUGUUCUGAUGUUAAGAAGCAGAACGAGUUUUAUUUGUUUGAUGAAGAUCAAACAAAUAAAACAGACCAAACACCUGGUCUAAUCCGAUCAAAAACCCGUGCGUUAAAGAUCUACACAAGUUUAAAGAAAGUAAAGCAACCGAUCUCACCAGGAGGUCGGCUGACAAAUUUUCUAAAUGCCCUUUUUCCAAACGGGCAUUCGAAGAAAUCAAAAGAUUCGGGUUUUGAAGAUCCAACUCAAACCCGAACAGAAAGAUCAUCAAAAUCCACAAAUGUAUCUACAUGUUCAACAGCCUCUUCAUUUUCUCGAUCGUGUUUAAGUAAAAACUCUCCAAGAUCAAGAGAACAACUCAACAAUGGAAUGCGAAGAACAGUUCGGUUUUAUCCAGAGAGUGCAAUUGUUGAUGAAAAUUCCCGUUCUUGCAGUAAAAACGUAAGGGGAGAGCAAGAUUUUCAGAAAUUUCAAUGGCAGAAAACAGAAAAAUCAAAUCUUAGACAAAUUCCAACAAGACAGAAUGACAAUGAAGAAGAAGAAGAAGAUGAUGACAUGGCAAGUGACACUAGCUCAGACUUAUUUGAGCUCGAUCACUUGAACGUUUUCAAGAAUGAUCAAUAUUGUGAGGAGCUUCCUGUGUACGAAACUACUCAUUUGAGUACCAAUCGUGCCAUAGCUAGUGGCUUAGUUUUCUGA